AAAAUCACGUGACGUGACGUGUAACCAACAUGGCGACUCAGUGCUGCGUUAGCAUCAUCAACAAACUCGAUGAAUUGACAAGACACCGAUAGCCCGGUUUCGUUCGUCUUUUUCUCUCGCAUGCAUCUACGCAGUGCCAGGUCGAAGAUGACGGCCUGAGAUAGCAGAGGUUAUAUCAAGAGAUGCAACAGCAACGUCUUUCUCAACAACAACACCAGAAGCAGGCAGAAAGCACAAAAACCAAAAGCAUGUUUCUGUCUCGGGCGCUGGAAAAAAUCCUGUCGGAUAAGGAGGUGAAGCGGAGCCAGCACAGCCAGCUGCGUAAAGCUUGUCAAGUAGCACUUGAUGAAAUCAAAAUCGAGCUUGAGAAGCAAAAAGAUGGCUCAGUGGUCCCGCCCCGAGCAAACUACAUUGAAGCUGACCAAUACGUACUGCCUUUUGAGCUCGCCUGUCAAUCAAAGUCCCCACGCGUUGUCAGCACCUCGUUGGACUGCUUACAGAAGCUCAUUGCGUAUGGCCACAUCACGGGCAAUGCCUCUGACAGUAGUGCUCCGGGGAAGAGGCUCAUCGACCGGUUACUGGAGACCAUUUGUAACUGUUUCCAGGGCCCACAGACAGACGAGGGGGUGCAACUGCAGAUCGUCAAGGCUCUGCUGACGGCAGUCACCUCCCCUCACAUUGAGAUCCACGAGGGAACGGUUCUGUUGACAGUGCGUACCUGUUACAACAUCUACCUGGCCAGCCGUAACCUCAUCAACCAGACCACCGCCAAGGCUUCACUCACACAGAUGGUCAAUGUCAUCUUCACCCACAUGGAGACUCAGGCGGCUAUAGAGGCUCAGGAGAAGGAUGGACUAUGUCUGCCCAAGCAGAACCCUUCCCCUGGGCAGAUGUCUGGUGGUUCCCCCCGGUCAGACUCCACCCCAGACCUCAACGGGACCCCUUCUCCUGCAGCCAGCACACUGGACCUUAAUACCAUCUAUGGCCAACUGGAGGAGUGCAAGACUGAGGAGGAUGUGACUGCUACAGAGGAGCACAGAGAGGACACACCACCUCCAGUUUUUAAUGAUCCACUUCCAGAAACACCACCAGCAGUAACACAGUCAGUAGAGGAAGGGGAUGAAGGGGGAGGGGGAUCAGAAUUAGGGGAGAGGGGGACAUGGGGAGUAGGUCAGGUCGAUUCAAAGCCAACAGAGCAACCAACGACUGAUGUGGAGGAGGAGGAGGCCGCAGAGCCAGAACCACAGACCCAAACUGCACAAGCAGGGGACCAUCCCCCACACAUACCACCAGAGCACCCUGAUCUGAUGCCCCCUACACCCAGGACAGUUAGGAACCAGAUGAACGGCAUUAUGGGUGACCAUGUUUCCGUGUCCUCUACAGACAUCUUGGAUUUAGAGUCCAUGCAGGGUGUCCAGAACACUGUUGGUUUCUCACACAUCCUGCAGAAAGACGCCUUCCUGGUGUUCCGCUCCCUCUGCAAACUGUCCAUGAAGCCGCUGGCGGACGGAUCCCCUGACCCAAAGUCCCAUGAGCUGCGCUCCAAGGUGGUGUCCCUGCAGCUGCUGCUGUCUGUGCUCCAGGGGGCGGGGCCUGUCUUCCGCUCCCACGAGAUGUUUGUCAACGCCAUCAAGCAGUACCUGUGUGUGGCCCUCUCGAAGAACGGUGUCUCCUCUGUGCCAGAGGUGUUCGAGCUCUCCCUCGCCAUCUUCCUCACCCUGCUCUCCCACUUCAAAGUCCACCUCAAGAUGCAGAUUGAGGUGUUCUUCAGGGAGAUUUUCCUGACCAUCCUGGAAACGUCAUCCAGCUCCUUUGAACACAAGUGGAUGGUCAUUCAAACCCUGACACGGAUAUGUGCAAAUGCUCAGUGUGUGGUGGAUAUCUAUGUGAACUACGACUGUGACCUGAACGCUGCCAACAUCUUUGAGCGUCUGGUGAAUGACCUGUCUAAGAUUGCCAUGGGAAGGAGUGGCCAGGAGCUGGGGAUGACCCCUCUACAGGAGCUGAGUCUGCGUAAGAAGGGCCUGGAGUGUCUGGUGUCCAUUCUGAAAUGCAUGGUGGAGUGGAGCAGAGACAUGUAUGUCAACCCCAACCUGCAGGCCAACCUCGGCCAGGAGCAGCCGUCGGAUGGUGAGGGUGCGGAGCGCAAGCUUCCUGACCAGACGACGUCUCGUAGAGGCAGCGUCAGCUCUCUGGACUCCACCAUGUCAUCUAGUGUCCAGUCCUCCCAGCCUGACCACCCAGAACAGUAUGAGGUCAUCAAACAACAAAAGGACGUCAUUGAGCACGGCAUUGAGCUGUUCAACAAAAAGCCCAAGCGAGGUGUCCAGUACUUACAAGACCAAGGCAUGCUGGGAACCACAGCGGAGGAAAUCGCCCAGUUCCUGCAUCAAGAGGAGCGCUUGGAUACGACACAGGUAGGGGAGUACCUGGGGGAGAAUAUCCGUUUCAACAAGGAGGUGAUGUACAACUAUGUGGACCAGCUGGACUUCUGUGGCCGGGACUUUGUCUCUGCUCUGAGGGCUUUCCUGGAGGGCUUCCGGCUCCCAGGAGAGGCCCAGAAGAUUGACAGGCUCAUGGAGAAGUUUGCUGCCCGAUACCUGGAGUGUAACCAGGGACAGGGGGAGUUUGCCAGCGCAGACACAGCCUACGUCUUGGCCUUCUCCAUCAUCAUGCUGACCACAGACCUGCACAGUCCACAGGUGAAGAACAAAAUGACCAAGGAACAGUACAUCAGAAUGAACCGUGGCAUCAACGACAGUAAGGACCUGCCUGAGGAGUACCUGUCCUCCAUAUACCAUGAGAUCGCUGGCAAGAAGAUCGCCAUGAAGGACAGCAAGGAGCACACUAUCACACCCAAGACUAGCAAGCACAGCGUAGCCAAUGAGAAGCAGCGUCGUCUGCUGUAUGACGUUGAGAUGGAACAGAUGGCGAAGACAGCCAAGGCCCUGAUGGAGGCUGUAAGCCAUGCCCAGGCCCCCUUCUUCAGCGCCACCCAUCUGGAGCACGUUCGGCCCAUGUUCAAGCUGGCGUGGACCCCUCUCCUGGCAGCUUUCAGCGUGGGCCUACAGGACUGUGACGACCAGGAGGUGGCCUCUCUGUGUCUGGAGGGGAUCCGCUGUGCUGUCAGGAUUGCAUGCAUCUUCAGUAUGCAGUUGGAGAGGGAUGCGUACGUCCAAGCCUUGGCUCGGUUCACCCUGCUCACAGCCAGCUCCAGCAUCACUGAGAUGAAGCAGAAGAACAUCGACACCAUCAAGACCCUUAUCACUGUGGCCCACACAGACGGAAACUACCUGGGCAACUCUUGGCACGAGAUCCUGCGGUGUAUCAGCCAGCUGGAGUUGGCCCAGCUGAUUGGCACGGGGGUGAAGACACGCUACAUCUCUGGAGUGGCUCGGGAUAGCCAGGCUGGCAUCAAGGGCUUCCCUUCUGGGGGAGAGGAGUUCAUGCCCCUGGGACUGGGGACCCUGGUUGGAGGUCCAGACCGGAGGCAGAUGGCUCAUAUCCAGGAGUCAGUGGGAGAAACCAGUUCUCAGAGUGUAGUGGUGGCUGUGGACAGGAUCUUCACUGGUUCCACAAAGCUAGAUGGAAAUGCAGUGGUGGACUUUGUGCGCUGGUUGUGUGCGGUCUCCAUGGAUGAGCUGGCCUCUGCUCACCAGCCGCGGAUGUUCAGUCUGCAGAAGAUAGUAGAGAUAUCUUACUACAACAUGAACCGUAUCCGCCUGCAGUGGUCACGCAUCUGGCAGGUCAUUGGAGACCACUUCAACAAGGUGGGCUGCAACCCCAACGAGGAUGUGGCCAUCUUUGCGGUGGACUCUCUGAGGCAACUGUCAAUGAAGUUCCUGGAGAAAGGAGAGCUGGCUAACUUCCGCUUCCAGAAGGACUUCCUCCGGCCAUUUGAACACAUCGUGAAGAAGAACAGAUCUCCCACUAUCAGGGACAUGGUGAUCCGCUGUGUGGCCCAGAUGGUCAACUCCCAGGCAGCCAACAUCCGCUCCGGCUGGAAGAACAUAUUCUCUGUGUUCCACCAGGCCGCCUCGGAUCACGACGAGACCAUUGUGGAGCUGGCCUUCCAGACCACUGGCCACAUAGUCAUGAUCACGUUUCAGCAGCACUUUGCAGCAGCCAUAGACUCCUUCCAGGAUGCGGUGAAGUGUCUGUCUGAGUUUGUGUGCAACGCUGCCUUCCCUGACACCAGUAUGGAGGCCAUGCGGCUCAUCCGCCACUGUGCUAAAUAUGUCGCAGACCGGCCGCAGGCUCUGCGGGAGUACACCAGUGAUGACAUGAACGUGGCCCCAGGGGACCGGGUGUGGGUGAGAGGCUGGUUCCCCAUCCUCUUUGAGCUGUCCUGCAUCAUCAACCGCUGCAAGCUGGACAUAAGAACCAGGGGUCUGACUGUGAUGUUUGAGAUUAUGAAGAGUUACGGACACACCUUUGAGAAGCACUGGUGGCACGACCUUUUUCGCGUCGUCUUCCGCAUCUUCCACAAUAUGAAGCUCCCUGAGCAGCAGACCGAGAAGCACGAGUGGAUGACCACAACCUGUAACCACGCCCUGUACGCCAUCUGUGACGUCUUCACCCAGUUCUAUGAGCCUCUCAGUGAGGUCCUGUUGGCUGACAUCUUCACUCAGCUACAGUGGUGCGUCAGACAAGAUAAUGAACAGUUGGCCCGGUCAGGGACUAAUUGCCUGGAGAACCUGGUCAUCCUGAAUGGGGAGAAGUUUAGCCCAGAGGUGUGGAACGCCACCUGCUCCUGUAUGCUGGACAUCUUCCAGACCACCAGCCCAGACGCCCUAUUGACAUGGCGACCGGCUGGUCAGGAAGAGGAGGCUGGUGAUGGGAAACACAUGGAUGUAGAUUUUGACACCCAGUCUCAGAACAGCUAUGACCGGGCCCUGUCGGAGAAAGGAGGGCAGAGCCAGAUAUCCACCGCCAGCGAUGACACCUGGAAAGGGAAACCGCACGCCAGGAUGUCAGACCAGAAGCUGUUUGCAGGCCUGCUCAUCAAGUGUGUAGUGCAGUUGGAGCUGAUCCAGACCAUUGACAACAUUGUCUUCUACCCGGCAACCAGCAAGAAGGAAGACGCAGACAAUAUGGCUGCUGCACAGAGGGAUGCCCUGGAGGAGGCUGCAGAGGGGGACCCUGGGCAAGGGGAGCAGGGCAUGUACAGACACCUCUCCUCCCAGCACCUCUUCAAGCUGCUGGACUGCCUGCUGGAGUCGCACACCUUCGCCAGAGAUUUCAACUCUAACAACGAGCAGAGGACUGCACUCUGGAGAGCAGGAUUUAAGGGGAAGUCGAAGCCCAAUCUGCUGAAGCAGGAGACUAGUAGUCUGGCCUGUAGUCUGCGUAUUCUGUUCCGCAUGUACUGUGACCGGCAGCUCCAGGACUCCUGGCCUGGCAUCCAAACGCGGUUGCUGCUGGUGUGCAGCGAGGCUCUGUCCUACUUCAUCAGCUUGACCUCAGAGAGUCACAGAGAGGCCUGGACCAGCCUGCUGCUAGUACUGCUCAGCAGGACCCUGCGACUGACCGACGAUAAGUUCAAGCUUCAUGCCUCCUGUUACUACCCUCACCUGUGUGAGAUGAUGCAGUUUGACCUGAUCCCAGAGCUCCGUGCCGUCCUGCGCCGCUUCUUCCUCCACAUCGGCUCUGUCUUCCACAUCGCUGCUCCUGAGAUGGGCUAGGCCAACCCGCCCUAAGGAGGGUCUGGAGAUGUAAUGGUGUGUGUGUGUGUGUGGGGGGGGGCACUGGUGGAUGUUGGGAUGCAUGAAGAGUCUGAGGCGAGAGCCCCCCUAUCGGGAGUAAGGCAGUGCGAAGGGAUGGGAGGAUGUAGAUCGACGCAAAGAUUCUGUUACCCUGAGGGAAAGAUGCUUUGAUGCUCAGUUCCUGUUUAUCUUCUGCAAAGGAAAGGCUUCAAGAGUUGGUAAUAAGGUCUGGUGUCCUUUAAGACGGACUCUGCUGGGUAAAAAGCUCUGAAAGAACAGAGCUCUCUGACUGUUUCUCAACACUGACGUUAAUAUCAAAUGUGUGGAAAAUGAACUACAACAAUUAAUUGAUGUGGUUUUAUAUAUAUCCUCUACCUGAUUUUUGUUUCUCCUAUUUGUUGAUUUAAGACUGAACGAACACGCAUAUCUAAAUGCUAACGCAAAUGAAGAAUACCGUUAGUGAAUAUGCUGAACAACACCUCCAGUGUUGUCCUAGCACACCUGUAUUCAGCAUCCUACCCUAGGAUUACCAUGUGGGAAUGGCAGUGUUGUCCUAGCACACCUGUAUUCAGCAUCCUACCCUAGGAUUACCAUGUGGGAAUGGCAGUGUUGUCCUAGCACACCUGUAUUCAGCAUCCUACCCUAUAGGAUUACCAUGUGGGAAUGGCAGUGUUGUCCUAGCACACCUGUAUUCAGCAUCCUACCCUAGGAUUACCAUGUGGGAAUGGCAGUGUUGUCCUAGCACACCUGUAUUCAGCAUCCUACCCUAGGAUUACCAUGUGGGGUUGGCAGUGUUGUCCUAGCACACCUGUAUUCAGCAUCCUACCCUAGGAUUACCAUGUGGGAAUGGCAGUGUUGUCCUAGCACACCUGUAUUCAGCAUCCUACCCUAGGAUUACCAUGUGGGGUUGGCAGUGUUGUCCUAGCACACCUGUAUUCAGCAUCCUACCCUAGGAUUACCAUGUGGGAAUGGCAGUGUUGUCCUAGCACACCUGUAUUCAGCAUCCUACCCUAGGAUUACCAUGUGGGGUUGGCAGUGUUGUCCUAGCACACCUGUAUUCAGCAUCCUACCCUAGGAUUACCAUGUGGGGUUGGCAGUGUUGUCCUAGCACACCUGUAUUCAGCAUCCUACCCUAGGAUUACCAUGUGGGAAUGGCAGUGUUGUCCUAGCACACCUGUAUUCAGCAUCCUACCCUAUAGGAUUACCAUGUGGGGUUGGCAGUGUUGUCCUAGCACACCUGUAUUCAGCAUCCUACCCUAGGAUUACCAUGUGGGGUUGGCAGUGUUGUCCUAGCACACCUGUAUUCAGCAUCCUACCCUAGGAUUACCAUGUGGGAAUGGCAGUGUUGUCCUAGCACACCUGUAUUCAGCAUCCUACCCUAGGAUUACCAUGUGGGAAUGGCAGUGUUGUCCUAGCACACCUGUAUUCAGCAUCCUACCCUAGGAUUACCAUGUGGGAAUGGCAGUGUUGUCCUAGCACACCUGUAUUCAGCAUCCUACCCUAGGAUUACCAUGUGGGAAUGGCAGUGUUGUCCUAGCACACCUGUAUUCAGCAUCCUACCCUAUAUGAUUACCAUGUGGGAAUGGCAGUGUUGUCCUAGCACACCUGUAUUCAGCAUCCUACCCUAUAGGAUUACCAUGUGGGAAUGGCAGUGUUGUCCUAGCACACCUGUAUUCAGCAUCCUACCCUAUAGGAUUACCAUGUGGGAAUGGCAGUGUUGUCCUAGCACACCUGUAUUCAGCAUCCUACCCUAUAGGAUUACCAUGUGGGAAUGGCAGUGUUGUCCUAGCACACCUGUAUUCAGCAUCCUACCCUAUAGGAUUACCAUGUGGGAAUGGCAGUGUUGUCCUAGCACACCUGUAUUCAGCAUCCUACCCUAUGAUUACCAUGUGGGAAUGGCAGUGUUGUCCUAGCACACCUGUAUUCAGCAUCCUACCCUAUGAUUACCAUGUGGGAAUGGCAGUGUUGUCCUAGCACACCUGUAUUCAGCAUCCUACCUACCCUAUGAUUACCAUGUGGGAAUGGCUUGCUCCCUAAUGGAUGAGCAAGUAUGGUCGGUUGUUCCCCUGCCACCAUUCCCCAUUGAUCCUUUGAUCCUCCCCAUUGAUCAUGUCAAUCACUAUAGCCUGUUAUGAGUCCUAAUUUUACUUGUAUUUAUUUAUUUUUAUACUUAUUUUAAAGCAACAUUUACAUGCCAGUUUACUUCUUGAAAGGCUACUGCACAUUCUCUAUGUUCUGAGAGCAAAAUGGAAUGACUGGCUAUUUUCUAGAAUGAAUCUGGUGUCAAAAAAGGAAGUCUACAAUGCAACACCCAUGGUAUUACAUAGCAAGGAUGAGAUGUUCUUCUCCUGUCAGACAGUUCUAUGUUACACCUAAUGGAGCCUGCAACAGAUCCCUCGUGUAUUAACUGUCCAGAACUUUCCCAGAGUGGAAUGCCUGUCAGUAUUGUCAGUGAAAUACCAGACGGGGGUAAGAAUGAAGAGAAACGUUACUCCUAAAUAUGCCAGGGUAUAGCUACCAUCUGCAUCAUUUGUCGUUUAAUCCUGUCUGCAUUUUUUUCUUUUUUAACAAGGAUGUAUAUAAUUAUUUGAAGUGCAUUUAAAUAUUUUUGAGAAGCAUUCCUCUACCUUACAACUAUGGAUGUCUACUUUCCCCUUAAGGGGAACUAUACAGUAUAUGGAGAAAUAAAUAGUGUAAAGUUUUCAUGUAAAAUAGAAAAUUAAGCGCUAUACAUACUGUGAUGUAAUCUCCCAAGCAUUUGAUGAAGUAAUCAAUAAACAUUUUAUUCAGAUCUA